GCUUCAAUUUGCUCCAGUUUCGUUGUCCCGUCGAAGUUGAAUAAAAAGAAAUUUCUUUAUAUGAGUGACAUAACUUGUGGUUGCAAUACAUUUUGUGUGCUGUUAUCUGAAGCUCACGUGUUCAGAUUUUGUUUCUGAGACGGUGAUCGGAGUUAAUCUGUAUGCAACUGCUACGCAUCGCCUCGGCUAUGUCUUACCAAGGAUCACCAUAUUCUGGCCCGGGGGAUGAAUACGACUUCGAGGACGACGGGUACGAUGACUUGGACGAGUUUAGAGACCAAGAAGACACGCUGCCGGCGGCUGCAAUGGACAAUAGUGAUGAAGAUACAGAAGAGGCCAGUGAGACAGAUAUACCUAAUAAUGAUGAACCAGUGGAGAUCAAAGAACAGAUGUACCAGGAUAAGCUGGCCAGUCUGAAGAAGCAGUUGCAACAGUUGGAGGACGGAAUCCAUCCGGAGUACAUCCGCAGGGUCAAGAGGCUGGAGCACCAACUCCACGAGCGGCUACGGCUCAAUAGGAUACAUAAAGAACACAUGUACGAUGUAGUAGAGAGAGAGUACAUAGCAGAGAAAAAGGCAGCUGCGAAAGAGUUUGAGGAGAAGAAGAUAGAGUUACGGGAGAACUUGCUCAACGACUUCGAGGACAAGAGGAAGAUGAUAGAGAAUGAACGGCAUAGCAUGGAAUUGAACGGGGACUCUAUGGAGGUGAAACCAGUAAUGAAGCGUAUCCUGAGGCGGCGCGCCAAUGAGCCGGCGCCGGCCCCGGAGAAGCGCCGCAAGCCGCUGGGCACGACGCUCACGUUCAUGCUGGACGAGCGCGACAUCGACUCCGACCUGCGCGCCAUCGCGCGCCACGAGGCCGCGCCCGCCUCUCACCACGCCGCACCCGUGCCUAGGAAGCACAUCAACUCAUCCAGCUGUGAAUCACCAAUCCGGGAAAGUGGCGAGACGACGGACACGAGGGUCGAGGACGGCAAGCUGUUGUACGAGCGGCGGUGGUUCCACCGGGGUCAGAGCGUCUACGUUGAAGGGCGGGACCUGCAGAAGUUCCCCGGACACAUACACGCUAUCACUGAUGAGGCGAUAUGGGUGAAGAAGACCAACUUAGAACGGAUACGGAUAUAUAUCUCGCAGCUAGCGCGCGGUAAGGUCACGUUGAAACGGCGGGCGUCGUAGACUGUAAGAUAUAUGUACAUCUGUACAUAUGGGACUGAAAGUAUACUAGUGUUAACACUGGACGUGAGUUUUGCCAGAUGAUUUAUUAUAAUGUACUUAGUAUUUUGACAAUUUAGAUGUGAUAAUGGAUCAAGAAUAUUAUAGUGUUGGCCUGAUUUGCGCAGGGUCCGUUUACCUAACCCGUAGACGAAUAACACCCGUAUUGUAUGAUGUCCAACUCUAACCUGCCUCGAAUCCUCAGUUGAGCCGACCUCAAGGAAGCCUCGCUUCAACCAUAACUCGAGUUUACUCCAGUGAGGUUGAGUAGACGCAUAUAAACAUAAACAGCCUAUAUACGUCCCACUGCUAGGCACAGGCCUCCCCUCAAUCAACCGGAGGGGGUAUGGAGCAUACUCCACCACACUGCUCCAAUGCGGAUUGGUGGAAGUGUUUUUACGGCUAAUAGCCGGGACCAACGACUUAACGUGCCCUCCGAAGCACGGAAUCAUCUUACUUUUUCAGACAAUCAGGUGAUGCGAGCCUGAAAGUCCUUACCAAACAAAGGACAGUCUCACAAAGUGAUUUCGACAAUGUCCUCAUCGGGAAUCGAACCCGCACCUCCAGAUCGUGAGCCUAACGCUCUAACCAUUAGACCACGGAGGCUGUUUACAGUUGAGGUGAGUAGACGCAUGACGCCAUUAUUUUCGUAUUAUUAUGUUGGCAGUAUGAUAUGCUCGAAUCCAGUGAGUCAAGUCCUCAAGUCGAGGAUGUAAGGGCUCCCAUAAACACGACACGAUGUCCGGUCGUACAACGAUGCGACGUCAUUUCACGAUACGACGUCGCGUCGUGGAAAUCUACGAUGAGCAUCGUAAAAUAACACGACAUCGUAACAUGCCACAAAAAUAAAAUUAUUUUUGUAUGGAGACCGGGGUGACCCUGACCUGAAUACAAUGGCGCCCGUAGCAAAAUAUUUAAGUGGUGCGAGAGACAGUGGCGCCCCUCAAAAUACAGUUUUUUUGGAUUAGUUUACGCCUAAAUACACUUAAUUAAAUCUUUUAAAAAUGUUUCAUCAUCAUCACCCAUUAACGUCCCCACUGCUGGGGCACGGGCCUUCCUUAUGGAUGGAUAGGGAGAUCGGGCCUUAAACCACCACGCGGGCCCAGUGCGGAUUGGUGGUUAUUAACGACUGCUAAUGCAGCCGGGACCAACGGCUUAACGUGCCUUCCGAAGCACGGAGGAGCUCGAGAUGAAAACUUUUUUUUUGUGGUCACCCAUCCUAUA